CCAAAGGUCUGAUUUUUAACGAGGUUGGGCUGGGCUUCCUCUGCGUUCCACAGCCUGUGCCGAGGAGCACUGGAGGGCGUAGUACUGCAACCUUUCACGCCUCCUUUCCCCAAAAUUCCUCUCCCACGGGCUCCUUGCCCGGUCCAACGUGCAGGGCUGUGCUUGGCUGUAGCAGGAAGGGAGGGUGUGCGUGUGUGUGCGGGGCAUUAACUCCAGCAUCCCCUGGAUUCAUACAACUUUAGUCAAGAAAAACAGCGCCAUGGAAAGGUGUCAAGGGAAGGAAGAGGUGACCAGCGGGAUGUUCUCCUGGAGGGUCAGAGUCCUGCUGGCUCUGUGCUUCCUGCACCCGGCUGGAGGUCAUGUUCGACUUCUCCCUCCUCAGAAUGUUACACUGCUGUCAAAGGAUUUUGAAAUGAUUGUGACAUGGGCUCCAGGAGAAGGAUCUCCCCAAGAUGUGACAUAUACUGUGAGUUAUGAAAGCAAGGAUCACGAGGGCAAAUGGCUGGAGGUUCCUCAUUGCAGCAACAUUCCCACAACCUCUUGCAUUCUGACUUGUGAGCCUUCAAACAUCUUCGCCGAGGUCCGGGCUCGAGUGAGGGCUGUUUCAGGCCGGCUCCAGUCACGCUGGGUAAAAUCCCGGUUCAAGGAUUACUAUUCAGCAGUGGAACUGGCUCCCCCCGUGCUCAUCCUGAAGGUCAAGGAGAAUUUAAUCCAUGUGAGUGCCUCCUUCCCUUUGCCCACCUGUGUGGAGAAGCUCACCUGGAAGUACGAACUGAACUACUGGAAAGCUGGAUCUGAAGACAAGAAGAAAUAUGAAGAUAAAUUCAGGAGGGACUCAGUGACUAUUAACACCACUGCACUCAGAGGCAACUACUGCUUUAGUGCCAGAUCUAUCUACGAAAGCUACCCCACAAAAUACAGCGAGUUCUCCCCACCAGUGUGUCUGCCAUUAAACCACAAAGUGAAGUUCCCACUUCCUGCCACGAUCCCUGUGUUUGUCCUCCCCAUCUUCCUGAUUGGUGCCUUCAUCCUCUGCUUUUUGAAACAAGAAGCCAAGCAAAGGAAGAUGCCUCAGGCUCUGGAUUUUCGUCGCUUCCACGCUGCUGGAGCAGCCUUUCCCUGGGAGCUCAGUGAGAAGGAAUUCUGCAGUGAUGAUCUGACCUGCACAGAGAAGCCAAAGGCACAAAGGAAGACAGGCAGAGCCUUAGCAAGGAACAGCCUACCACAGGUGGCUUCUUUCCUAUCACCAUCACCAUCAUCUUCAUCAUCAUCAUCGGAGGAGGAGGAGGAGGAGGAGGAGGAGGAGGAAGACAGCGGCACUUUCAUCCCAUACAACCAAGUGACUCGCUUUCCAAAGAGACAUCUCAGCUGCCAACUACCCCAAGUAGUUCAGGGGAAAACAAGCUCGGAUUCAGGAACUGGAGGUCUCUCUGUGGACAGUGAAUCUCUGCUUGACCUCAGUACCUCGGGUUUCUCCUCCUUCCCAGAGAGAAAGGAUGAGGUGGACACCUCGGGACCCCAAGCAAAUGAGGAACCAUCCCUUUCUCACAGUUCCUCCUUAGGGACAAUAUCCCUCACUGAUGUGAGAUUCCCAGGUUUCAGUGAACAGCACGAGGCAGACAGGGGUGAGAGCCUGGGAAUGACCCUCCCUCAUCCACUGAUGGAGGGGGUUUGUGCCCAAGGCCCUCCCGGUGAGCACCACCCGCAGCAGGAGGGUCAUCCCUUCACCAGGUAUCACCAGAAAUCAAUCACUGAUCUGCAGGGCCAGACCCACGGGAUAUCCCAGCUCGGGAAGGAUCCCAGCAUCCAGCUGCUCAUCCCCUUACACACUCUGCAGGUGGCAGCAGAUGAAGGGAUCUCGAGUGACUGUGACAGCGACAGUUCUACCGAAGGGACACCUCCCACAUCCACGGUGCUGAGUGACACCUUUGGACCUUCAAACACGGGGGACAAAUAUGAUCCAAAGUUUCAAUUCAAAGGCUACAGCCAUGCACAUUACUUGGGAAGGACCUAGAGCACCCAGAGUGCCUGGAAAAUGCUGGAGAGCUCCAGAUAUCCAGGCAAGGAGACCUGAACAAGGACAAAUAUCUUGAGAGUGACGCUGGUUUUUUAUUUAUUCACUUGGAGUUUUCUCUGCUGAUGUCUGGCCUAUCAAGGCAUAUGACUUUAGGGACACAGAAGGUGUAAUUAAUUUCCCAGUAACCUCUGUACACUGUCCCAAUGUACUGUGAUAAGGUGCUCAGGCUCUGAUUAGAGCCAGGGGUGAGUCAGGCAGAGGUAUCUCGGGAGGUUUCACACAGCAAACAGGCACUGCCUCCUGUUCACCCAAAACUUCAGAGCAAGGGAGCUGCUACAUGUGAGUUAUGAAAGGCAAAACCACAACCCAGACUCGUGUGAAACCAUCAGCUGGGCCCUGAAAACACAGUGUUGUGCCUGCACGUUGAUUUGGAGGAGAUUUUAAACUGUUUACGUCACAUUUGCUCCUCCCCAACUGCAGAACUGCACCUCUGCUGGGCUGGGAGCACCUUACAGAGACAGUCAGCAACAUCUGUUUUUUGUGGGAUGGAAAGUUCUCUACCUCAGCCUAAAAAGAUCACCUUCUGUGUUCCAACAGAGGGAGAAAUAUGCAGCAUGUUUGUUUAUUUAUUUUUUGUUUUAUAUGGAUAUACUUACAGAAGCUGAAACUCCUCCUGCUGUGCAGAGUGUCUGAGAGCAAUAAUAUUUUGAUAUUUUUAUAUAUAA